CUUUGACAUUCGAUAAAUCUGGGGUAAGAUUAGCAUCUGGAUCUAAAGAUACUGAUCUAAUUAUUUGGGAUGUAGUCAGUGAAGUGGGGCUCUUUCGGAUGCGAGGUCAUAAAGAUCAAGUUACUGCAAUUCGGUUUCUCAGUAAACCAUCUUUAGAUGGUGUUAUCUCAGAAGACAUUUCUUCUCAUGGAUAUCUUCUUUCAUCUUCGAAGGAUACAUUUCUCAAAUUAUGGGAUUUAAGUACUCAACAUUGCAUGGAGACAAUAAUUGCACAUCGCAGUGAAAUAUGGGAUUUUGAUGAAAGUUAA